CGCAGCCCACCCGCCCGCAGUGCGCCCGCGGUGACUGCGGCUGCCAGAGGCCCGCAUCAUUGGCGGCGAGGAGCAGUUCGGGUUCGGCGCGCUCCGGACCGGGGGCCCUGGUUCCGGCGAGCAGCUCACCGCAGCACCCGGUGUCUGGAAAAGUCACCCCUGGUGUGAAAUCAUCUGGGCAUGUGUUUCUGGGCUACCUGGUAGCCCACGCCAAAAAGAAGAUAGGAUCCUUCCUUCUCAUUCAAGAAGUAUUUCCUACGGCUUGCUGUCUACUGGGCCCUUUGUUGAGAUAACCUAACAAUAACACAACAAAGGUGACGCUGAAACCACUCUCAGCUUGCAAGAUGUUGCCACCCAAACUGCAUGCGCUUUUCUGCCUCUGCAGCUGCCUUGCACUGGUCCAUCCUAUUGACUGGCAAGACCUCAAUCCUGUUGCCCAUAUUAGAUCAUCAGCAUGGGCCAAUAAACUACAAGCUCUGAUGGCUGCUGCAAGUGUGGGCCAGUCUAAAAUUCCCAAAGGAAAUGGACCUUAUUCUGUCGGUUGUACAGAUUUGAUGUUUGAUUAUACAAAGAAGGGCACUUUCUUGCGUUUGUAUUAUCCUUCCCAAGAGGACGAGCACCACUCUGACACCCUUUGGAUCCCCAACAAAGAAUAUUUUUUUGGUCUUAGUAAAUAUCUUGGAACGCACUGGCUUAUGGGCAAAAUAUUGAGCUUGUUUUUUGGUUCAAUGACAACUCCCGCAGACUGGAAUUCCCCUCUGAGGACUGGUGAAAAAUAUCCACUAAUUGUUUUUUCUCAUGGUCUUGGAGCAUUCCGGACAAUUUAUUCUGCUAUUGGCAUUGAUCUGGCAUCGCAUGGGUUCAUAGUUGCUGCUGUAGAACACAGGGAUGGGUCCGCCUCCGCGACUUACUAUUUCCAAGACCAGUCUGCUGCGGAAAUAGGGAAUAAGUCUUGGCUCUAUCUUAAAAGCCUAAAAUCAGAGGACGAGGAGAUGCCUGUACGAAAUGAGCAGGUACAGAUAAGAGCAAAGGAGUGUUCGCAAGCUCUCGAUUUGAUUCUGGACAUGGAUGGUGGAAAGCCAGUGAAGAAUGUCUUGGAUUUAGAGUUUGAUGUGGAACAACUGAAGGACUCUAUCGACAGGAAUAAAAUAGCAGUGAUUGGACACUCUUUUGGUGGAGCCACGGUUAUUCAAACUCUUAGUGAAGACCAGAGAUUCAGGUGCGGGAUUGCCCUUGAUGCUUGGAUGUUUCCACUGGAUGAUGAAAUAUAUUCCAGAAUUCCUCAGCCUCUCUUUUUUAUCAACUCGGAACGGUUCCAAUAUCCUGCUAAUAUCAAAAGAAUGGAAAAAAGCUACUUGCCUGGCAAAGAAAGAAACAUGAUUACAAUCAGGGGCUCAGUCCAUCAGAAUUUUGCUGAUUUCACCUUUGCAACUGGCAAAAUAGUUGGAUACAUAUUCACCUUAAAAGGAGAUAUAGAUUCAAAUGUAGCACUUGAUCUUAGCAACAAAGCUUCAUUAGCAUUUUUACAAAAGCAUUUAGGACUGCAGAAAGAUUUUGAUCAGUGGGAUUCUUUGAUUGAAGGAGAUGAUGAUAAUCUUAUCCCAGGGACCAACAUUAACAUAACCAGCCAACAUGUCACUCUACAGAACUCUACAGGAACAGAGCAAUAGAAUUUAGAUUAAAAGCACCUUUUUAAAAGUCUUGUUUAAAAACGGUCUAAAAGUGUGUGUGUGUGUAUGAUUGUAAUGUAUUUUCUCAAAUAACUCAUAUUGUAAACUGUAGACUAUACCAUAAAAGUGACUGAAGCUUAGACAAAUUUUUUUCUUUUAAUGUAAAGAAAAACAGAUGUAUAUCAAAACCAUGCCAGCCUAAAUUUUGAUUUUAGUAAGAUGAUGCUUUUUAGUGUCAAAAUUAAUAACUACUUUUACACUACUUUAGUGGAUAAGUAUAUCAAAACGGGCACAAUGCUAAAGAAAACGUGUUGCAAAGACAUAACGCUCCUUACAAAUACAAUACAGGUUUUCAUGCCUCUUUUUUUUAUUGUGGGUAGAAUUGAGUUUUAGCAACCUGGUAUUCUAGAUAGAAACUGGAAGCACUUCCCUUUGACUUUUGGUCAUGAGAAGAAAAAUUAGAUCAAGCAAAUGAUAAAAACAUUGUUGUACCACAGGAUUCGGGACACUAACCCAUUUCAAUAUCGUAACUAAAUGGGGAGUGGCCAAGGGUAAGAAUACUGGAGACAAGGCAAAGGCAGCAGAUUAAAAUGGAUUAAAGAGAGUUUAUAAUUUGUUUGCAUUUACUUGAUGGUUUAUUUCUGGUGGAUUCUCCCUACUCAGGAAAGGUGCAUAGGACAUGACACUCCAGUUAUAACAUGUUAUUCACCCAAAGGCUGUGAAGGAUAGCAAAGGAAACAUUCAGAAUUACUUUUAACUGGUUGAUUUUUUCCAAUUAGUUUUAUGUUCUUUAAUUCCGUAUGAAGUCGUGGAAGUGGGAUAGAACAAUACAAGCAGACGUUGCUUUAGUGGGCUUUGCAGUUUACUGCAGUUCUUCCGAAUUGAAGGUUCGAGACUUGGAGUGGAGGAAGUAACAGCAGGUGGGGUGGAAAUUGCAAGAGAACUGGAAUUCAACGUGGGGCCUGAAGAGGGGACUGACUUGCUGCGAUCUCAUGAUAAAACGUGAAUGGCUGAGGAGUGGCUUCUUAUGGAUGAACAAAGAAAGUGGCUUGAGAUGGAGAUGCUGUGAAGAUUGUCGAAAUGACCACAAAGGAUUUGGGAGUUAUACUUAGUUGAGAAAGUAGCGGCAGGGCAUGAGAGGACCGCCUCCAGUUUGUAAAGAAGUUUCUGUGAGUAAAAUGCUGUCAAACAGCAUGCAAGAGAAAUCGUUCAUGGAAGGAAGAGUCUGUCAAUGUGGCGAAUGUCCUGGUUGUCUUACUUUUAAAAAUUGCCACAGCCACCCCAGCCUUCGGCAACUGCCCCCCAAUCAGUGAGCAGCCAUUAACAUGGAAGCAAGACCCUCCAGCAGCAAAAAGACCACGACUCACUGAAAGCACAGAUGAUGGUUCGCAUUUUUUUUUAGCAAUAAAAUAGUUUUUAAUUAA